CCAAGCCUCACAAUGUGGAUAAAUUUGAUGUUGGAAACUCGGAGUAUUUAUGGUGGAUAGAGUAUUUAUCGUGGAAAGAAGCAUCGUGUGGUAGAGGCCAUAGAGCCUCGCUCCCGGCUAGCACUGCCAGAACGAAUACAAGUGGACGCUCGCCCGACCAACCAGAAGCAGAGCCCGUGCAGAUUGUGGCGGCGAUGCGGCCUCGUGCUUUUGCUCCCCCUUGCCUGCCGGGCAGUGGCCCGCUGCCUGGCCUGGCGGUCCCCGGGCGCGGCGACCUCUUCCCGGCUGCCGGCAGCGUCGUCGGCAGGAGGGCCGCUCCCGCUCCCGCCGGCCGGGGCGCCGUCGCUCGCGCAGUGGACGGGCCGUCCGCCGCUGCGGCCGUUGCCGCCGCGGCGGCGUCCGCCGCGGCGGACGUCCCGCCCCCGCAGAUCACGUGGCAGAUCGUCGUCGGCGCUGUAGCUGGAGUGACUCCCUUCGUCGUCGCCGGGGUCGAGUUCGGCAAGAGAAUUAUUGCACAGAAGAAAUGUGAAAUCUGUGGAGGCUCUGGGCUUGUGAUGAAGAAGGAUUACUACGUUCGCUGCCAAGGGUGUGGCGGUUUUCUUCCGUGGCAGUCAUGGAGAAGAUUCUUCACCGGCUGAAAAUCGUUAAUUUGAAUCGUGUUGAUUAACACUAGCACUGCAGUUUGAGUUGGACAAGGAGGAUAUGGCAUGACCAGACCAGGUCAAUAUUGUGUUUAUAGUUGUUGUUGUUGGAAAUAUAGUCAUUAUUCGGUAUAUUUUAAUCCAAGAAAUUGAAACUA